AUGAAGAUUGUGAUUCAACGAGUCUUGCGCGGCGCGGCGACUGUGAAUGGGGAGACGGUUGGUUCAAUUCAAAAGGGGAUGGUUGUUUUAAUCGGAAUAGACCGCGAGGAUACACAGGACGAUAUGGAUUACAUCGUGCGCAAGAUACUUACCAUACGGAUCUGGCCGAACGAGGAGGAAAGGCCGUGGAGGUUGAAUAUUAAAAAUAUUAAUGGGAGUAUUUUGAUGGCUUCGCAGUUUACACUUAUGCAUAAGUCAAAGGGUACGAAGCCGGAUUUUCAUCGCGCGAUGGCCCCUGAGGGGGCUUUGGAGAUGUUUAAUCGCAUUUGUGAUAAACUUCGAGCGGAGUAUGAUCCGGAGAAGAUCGCUACUGGAAAGUUCCAGAGUUAUUCAUCUAUCGAUAUUGUUAAUGAUGGUCCAGUAACUUUUAUUGUCGACAGCAAGAACCGAGAAUAA